ACGACGAGAUUAUUAAAAUAAUCUUCAGUCGUUACCACCUGGAUUUUCACUUUGCGGGGGAGAGGGAUGGAUGCUCCUCACCUCACUGAAGAUGAAAUGGCAGAGAUAAAGAAAGACGUGCUGACCAGAUUGCGGCACUACCUCUGCGAUAAAAUCAGAGCAGAUCGCCACCUGGACUAUCUGCGCUCUCGCAGGAUCCUGACACGAGAUGACGCAGAAGAGAUCAGCUGCAGGACUACGCAGACCAAGAGGACGGCCGUGCUGCUGGACAUACUGGCUGAGAACCCCCGCGGCCUGGAUGCCUUGAUCGAGUCGAUCCGGGAGAUGCGCUCGCAAAAUUUUAUCAUCACUAAAAUCACAGACGAGGUGCAGAAGGCCAAAAAUGAGAAGAUCGAGUCCCUCAGAGCAGCAGGAGCUUCCAGUUCCUCAUCUGACUCCACUUUCAGCACUCCAACCUCAACCAGCGACCUCCCGUCAACAUUUUCAAACAACUCCACCUUGCUCUUUCACCCGGACAGUGAGAAAAGCCCUUCCAACUCAGAUGUGGGCACCUCACUCGAUCUGCUGUCUUCGCAAAAAGCUGGAGACUCCUCCGUGGCUUGCGCCAGCAUCGCCACGCCUUCCACGACUUCAUCCAGCCUCCCGAAGCCCGGAGACCCCGGGGCGCCUCCUCUGCCGGACGAGGUAAUGGUCGAGUCCCCCUCCAGCAUAGAUGCUGGAGCGCCGGGGUGCACUAGCAGUGGAGGCGAUCCAAACUUCCAGCCCCUCCGGUCGCGCUCCCUCACGCCAACUUCAACUAGGAGCAUCUUUUAGGAGCAUAUCUCAAUAAGACAGUUCUCAA